UCCGGCGGUUGCUGGGAGGCGAAUGGCUGCGGUGUUUUUGGUGAUGUUAUACGAGUACUCGCCGCUUUUCUACAUAACGCUCAUCUUCGUGUGUUUUUUUGUAACGACGGCUGUGAUAUUUGGAUGGUUUGUUUGGGACAUUCCUGUGAUAAUCCGGAAUUCGGAGGAGACGGAGUCUGAGCCCGGGGUGCUGAGGAAGCGAAUGGUGCAAGUGAAAAACCCCUUCGCCCUGGAGAUUAUACAUUCCCUGACGGCGUCCGUUGCAGGUGGAAUAACCCUUAAAGCUCACUGCAUAGAGAAAUGCACUUUGACUAUCUAUUGGGGAUGCAGUGUUCAUAAACUCCAUGAAGGAUUACAAAAGCACGUUUACUGCUUCAGAAUAAAGAUGCCACAGAAACUAGAAGAAGCAAUAGACAAAGAAUACCUCUAUCGAGAGGAAUUUCUUAUUGAGAAAGAAAGUGAUGAUGAAAAAUUCUCUCGACUUCCUGAGUAUUUAGCGAUUAAAGAUUUUGGGAAUCUUCCUCGAGCACGAUAUCCAUUAGUAGCACUGUUGACGUUAACAGAAGAAGAAAAUCGGGAUAUUUAUGAAAUUAUUUCAAUGGUAACAGUAAUCCAUGUUCCUGAUGAGAAGUACAAACUUGCCUGUAGAAUCUUGUACCAGUAUCUACUGACUGCCCAGGGUCAUGUAUAUGACCUUAAGAGACUUUUUAUAUCUGCUGAUGACAGCAGCUUACCUGCAGAGAUGCCCUCCAAAGCUGAUGGCGUGGACAGAAAACUUCUGGAAAAAUUUGGGACUGCAGAAGAGGAGUUUGAUUCGUGGAAAGAAAGCAGCAAAGAUUGUGUUGUGUGCCAGAAUGCUCCCGUGAACUGGGUUCUGCUCCCUUGCAGACAUGCUUGUUUGUGUGACUGUUGUGUGACCUACUUCAAGCAAUGCCCAAUGUGCAGAGAAUUUGUUAGUGAAUCUUUUGCUCUUAUAAGUUCUGGAGUACGAACUGAGGACAAUGUUGAUGCUGUUGAAAAUGAAGCUGAUGAUCCAAUAUUAGAAGAUAUCUAGGAAGAUCCAUAUGAGUGAGACAUUAUUAAUGAUAUAAAUGCAAGGCUUAAUCUUUGAAGAAAAAAAACAAACUUUCCUUUUACUAUACUGAAUGUUUAUGUGCAAUCUACAGAAGAAGUGAUGAAGGAUUUAAGUAAAGCGCACUGUAAUGAAGUAACAAGGUACUAAAAACAUUCUUGGCAUUCUGAUGAGUUUACAACAUGACAGCUUGUUUUCUAGCUUUGAGGUGGAGGGGAAGAAAGAAAUUAAGUUUACCUGGUAUCCCAACAGUUUCAAACUACUAUUUUACCAAAACAUGCACGUGCUGUCUAAUUCAAAUAAAUUAGAACUUGACUAGUUUUUAAAACACUUUUUUUCUUCCAAGUAUAUCAAACCUUAAAUAUGUCUUGGGUUCUUGCAAACUUCGGUAUUAUUAAUGUUCAAUAAGUCUCAACUGUUUGGUGGGAGAGGAAAGGGUUAAUUUAUGUUAUGACUGAAAUCCUUGAUUUCAAAAAAUGUCCAUAGUUAAGAUAAAACAUUACAACAUUACUCAAGUUUCUGUAUUUCCAGAUUAUUUUAUUCUCCACAGCUAACUUAGAAGGAAGCACUCAAUAUAAAACUAAUUAUUUUGUACAGUGUACAUAUGAACUUUUACAAAGAAAAUUCCUUGUAUUUUAUGAAUGAUGAUUCCCUUGUGAAUUAUUACCUGUUUGGUUAACAUUGAUGUCUAAUAAUGAAGGUUAUUUGAAAUUGUCUUACAGUGAAGAGUUUGACAAAUAAAAUAAUGCUGUAUAUUUAUUUCAAAAUCAUCUGUUAAGCUAUGGAUUUCUUGUACCAUCUGAAUUUUUUUUUACCCAGAAGGUUUCAUAGAAAGCAAAAUCCGAAGUACUAAUUUGAAGUUCAGAAUGGCCUACAAAAUUUCAAAGACACUUAAAUUUCCUUCCUCCUGUUGGAGGCCUCUACUCGCCUGAUUUCAAUUGUCAGUGGGGACCUACUGCCUAGUGUGCCCACAGACAUGAAGUGUAGCACCCUUUCUGGCCCUUUUUAAAGUGAUAGAGAAUGCAUUUUCAUUUUCGUUAGCAUAGUUCAGCAAUAUCUCAACUCCCUCAACAAAACCAUAAAAUUCUGGGCAAGCCUUGAUGUUGGUGUGAAAUGAAUCUUUCUCUGGUUCCCAAUCACCAACACAGCUGAACCUGUGAUCACAGUGGAGGACAUAAGAUCAGUCUUCCGGAGAGUGAACACGAGGAAAGCACCUGGCCCAGAUGGCGUCCCGGGCCAUGUGCUCAGAUCUUGAGCUGAUCAGCUGGCAGAAGUAUUUGUGGACAUAUUCAACCUCUCCCUGCUUCAGUCUCAGGUUCCCUCCUGUUUUAAGAAGACCACUAUCAUCCUGGUACCAAAGAAAAGCAAGGUAACAUGCCUCAAUGACUACCGACCAGUGGCUCUGACAUCCACCAUCAUGAAGUGCUUUGAGAGAUUGGUCAUGGCACGCAUCAGCUCCAGCCUACCAGACAACCUGGACCCAUUGCAAUUCGCCUAUCAGCGAAA